AAUGUCGCCAGCAAAUAGACUGGGAAGGUCCAAAAUACACAAUUUCUUGGAGGCACCAGCUGUAUGUAAGCUUAAGAUAACAAAAGAUGCGCAAAUUCAGGUUCGAACAUCAUCAAAUGUAGUGGACGAACAACACACAGCAAACGAAUCAAAGUACAGAAACAUUCGCAAAAUGCCUUAUUGUCAUGAAAUGUUUUUUGAAAAUGUAAUAAAAGACGAAUUUCCGACUGUGAAACUACUAGAAGCAUACGAGGAUGAGAAACGAGGGACUGGAAGGGCUUUUGAGGAAGUUCUCAUGGAAACUGGCUGCUACAUUCAAUCUUCGUGGCUUGUACGAGUUGCAGUUAGAUUUUCACAGAGAUCCAAUGAGGCUUGGCUAGACAACUUUCUUCGUAACUUUAUAGACAACAGCAACCACGUCUUAAAGAAAUGUUUCGUGGAGGAGGUCAAGAACCUGUUCUUGAAAGUCUAUAAAAACUCGAUCAAGAUUUAUGAUAUCUGGGUUGGAUACUCGAACGUGUUGGAAAAAGAGAACCUUCGUUUCGAUACCCUUGUUGUUAUCACCCACACAAAAAUUACAGACAAAUUAAAAGUGUCAAAAUUUUGCGGUCUUAAAGUUGAUUUUCGCGACAAAAAUGCAUGUUCAACUGAGGCAAAGGCCCUUUUACAACAUGAAAGUUUAGUACCGUUAAAUUUUCAAACACUAUUAUCAGACACUGCUAUUGAAGUUUUGGUAUCAAAGCAUUCAAAUGUAACAAUACUCACACAAUCUGGCAUCAAAUCCCGGGGCUUUAACUCAAUACACCAUCAGAUAACAAUGUGCCCAUGCGUUGUAAUCCACUGUAGAGUUAAGGGAAUCGUCCCAUUUGGAGAAUCCCCAUUUCCUCCAAAGAUAGGAGAAAUCCCCGUGGAUGUACGGGAAGGAUUUUGCGACUUUGCAAGCAGUCAGGACAAAUUACAAUUGGGACAAAGAAUAGGACCCAUGAACAAUCGUUUUGACUUUGGUACGCUUGGGGGAUUUGUGGACCUUCCUAGAUCCAGAAAAGGUUUCAUAACGUGUGCCCAUGUUGUCUGUCCGAGCGAUAUUCUCCAAAAUGGAAAUGUUCAAAACUUUGUCGAAAAUAAUGCAGUGAUGAUAGCUGAUAAAAGCAUUACAACCCCGAGUGAACCUGUCGGAAAGGUGAAGAAAGCAGCUUUUCGAUUUGGAAAAGAAGCACAAGUAAGCGUUGACGCAGCCUUGAUAGAAUUACAUGCAUGUUCGCGAUUUCCAGAGAACGGCAACUUCGCUUUUGACUGGACACAAGAUAACAAAGAAAGGAUUAGAAAGAUGGGCUUUUCCGAAACAAAUGCACCAACAUUCUCUAACGGCGAAACUACAAGUAUUUCAUCUGAUAACAUCAGGAAUGAUUUAAUAAAAUGUGGAGCGGCAACAGGUUUAACUCUCGGUCGACUUCGAAGCAUGGAGUCACAUGCAUUUAUCGUUAACGAAGAUGUCAAGUUCUCGAACAAUAUAUGUAAAUUUUAUCAUCAAAUGGAGGUAAUUCCGCUUGCGUUCCAAGAAAAUUUUGCCGUGAAAUCCCUACCACCCUUCAUUAGCCAUGGUGAUUCUGGUUCGUUUGUUUUCAUGAUAGUUAACAACAGUCCUUUGGUUUUGAAAUGUGUGGGCCUAGCUAUCGCCGUGACGUCAUACGGGUCCUGUUUGAUGACGCCAAUAGAUAAAGUCUUAUCCGCUUUAGGAUUACCAAGUGACUGUCUUAUGAAAUUAAAUCCUUCAGAAACAUUAGACAGUACUUCAAACGGACAGAGUGGAGUAAGUGAAGAAACAUUGACGCGGUUACUUGAGAGAAUGCAAUUAAAUAUCAGUGAGGAGCUGGCAUCCUUAGAACAAAACAUAAAUUCAAGGACAGCCGAACUGGCCGGGAGAGUAUCAAUGAUUGAACAAGAAAUGGAGGAACAGAGAAAAGAGCAUAGAAUAUUACCUUGGUUCAACUCGUUGUGUUCAAUUAUGUAAAACUCUUAAAGUUGUGUAACCAUGUUCAACCUUUACAAAUAUUUACUACAGAAGUUUUUGUUGAUAUGUUUCUUUUUAACAUGUGAUUGAAUAAAAAUAAAAUAAUUGCCCUCUUUCUGUUCUGCUCAGGUUGCAUAAAAAAUUUUAAUUGGUGUUAGAUGAGUGCGUAAAUACAGAUA